AUGUGCUACCAGGUGAAGUGCGGCACCUGCGGCAAGCCCACGUGGGCGGGGUGCGGCCGCCACGUCGCGUCGGUGCACGCGCAGAUCCCCGAGGGCCAGCACUGCGCCUGCCGCAACUGGCCCGGCGUCGCCCCCGCCCCCGCCCCGGCCGUCGGUGUCGAGAAGAAGGCCGCCGGCGCGCUGACGACGAUGCUGGGAAGGCCUCCGGCACCACCGCCGCUUCCGCUCCCGCGGAAGGCGGCGCUGCGCAGUGAGAUUCGCGUCGCGUGGUGUUCUGUUCCCCGACCCGUGUCGAUCGAACGAACGUGUGGUCGUCGUGCUACCAGCGAUUGUAUCAAGUCGUACGCUUCUCGUGUUGCGUGGUCAAAUUUCGUAUUGUAA